GCACACCCGUCCCUCGCCGGUGCGGGCAGGGAGGGCCGCGCCCUGAACAAACAUGGCGGCGUGAGCACGACGGUGGCCGGCAGGGGCCGCUCCACCCUGUGACAGCCCCGAAACGACAGGGCCGGGCGGCGUGCCCUGCUCAAAGAUGGCCGCUGGCGGCUUCGGCGUGCGCGGAGGUGGGAGGCACCUCUGAGGAGGUGGCUCCUCCUGUCCAGCAAUGCUUCAUGGUCCCCAAAAAGGAGAUAAAUGUGGUUUCCGACAUGGCCAAGUGGAAGCGAUCUCAGGCAUAUGCAGACUACAUGGGCUUCAUCCUCACUCUGAACGAAGGUGUCAGGGGCAAGAAGCUGACCUGUGAAUACAAAGUUUCAGAGCCCAUUGAAAAGCUGGUGGCUCUGCUGAACACCCUCGACAGAUGGAUCGAUGAAACCCCUCCAGUGGAUCAACCUUCUCGCUUUGGCAACAAAGCCUUCAGGACCUGGUAUGCCAAACUAGACCAGGAGGCAGAAAAGUUGGUGUCAGCAGUGAUUCCCAAGCAUUUGGCUGAUGCUGCCCCAGAAGUGGCUGUGUACCUGAAGGAAUCCGUGGGGAACUCCACACGUAUUGACUAUGGCACAGGGCACGAAGCUGCAUUUGCAGCCUUUCUCUGCUGCCUCUGCAAAAUCGGUGUGCUCAGAGUGGAUGACCAGAUGGCCAUUGUCUUCAAAGUGUUUAACAGAUACCUGGAAGUGAUGCGAAAACUGCAGAAAACCUACAGGAUGGAACCUGCUGGCAGCCAGGGCGUGUGGGGCUUGGAUGACUUCCAAUUCCUGCCUUUCAUAUGGGGCAGUUCCCAGCUGAUAGACCAUCCAAGCCUGGAGCCUCGGCACUUUGUUGAUGAGAAGGUGGUAAAUGAAAACCAUAAGGACUUCAUGUUCCUGGAGUGCAUCCUCUUCAUUACAGAGAUGAAGACAGGCCCCUUUGCCGAGCACUCCAACCAGCUCUGGAACAUCAGCGCCGUGCCCUCCUGGUCCAAGGUCAACCAGGGCCUCAUCCGCAUGUACAAGGCAGAGUGCCUGGAGAAGUUUCCUGUGAUCCAGCACUUUAAGUUCGGCAGCCUGCUCCCCAUCCAGCCUGUGACAUCUUAAGGAGACCGCAGGAGGAGCCAAGGCAGUGGAGGCACAGCACGGCGCUCUUCCUCCUCCCCUCACCCCUCCUCACCACCCAGCCCAUCCAUUCCUGCACAUCCUCGUCAGCAACCACAGAUCCAAAGCACAGGGAUGGGACCUGGAGCAGCUCCUCCUGCACGUCCUCACCCUGGGGACUUCUCCAGUGGCCGAGCCGGGGCCGCGCUGCUCCGCUGUGCCGCAUCCCUGCCGGGAAUGGGGAUGGGUUUGAGCAGGGGCUGCCCUGCAGAAAAGGCCCUCUGCUUGGCUUCUCAAGAGAAAGGGGUGUGGAGGGGAGGAAGGCACGUGUGUAUGUGUUGGGCAGUGGUAACUGCAAUUUCCCUUUUGAAUUUCAUUGGAGUUUCCUGUUGCUGUUUGCUUUGGGAAACCGCUGUCCGGGGUGAGGUGUGAGCCUGUGCGUGUCUGUAUCAGCCAGCUCUGCCUGCACUGGAGGUCUGUGGGUUGUGGAAGCCCAGAGUACCAUCUCUCCCUUUUUCUGGGUAAGGAGAGCGCCCUCCCUCCACCUCUUCUGCAAGGUUUCCUGGGUCUUCCUUUCUCACUUGCCCCUCUUCUCUUGGGUGAAGCUGGGAACCUUCUGGGCUGUGGGCAUCUGAGCUGGCUCUGGAGCUGGAGACAAGGUCCCUGGAGGGACCCAGCUCUGUGGGAACAGCUAUGCAAAGACACUGCUCAGGCCCCCUCUUAACUGGCAAAACCCCUGACACAUUCACAUACAUCCAUAACUGGGUCCAACCUGCCCUCUGCAAUCCCCGUGCUUUGCUGCUCUGGGGCUGGGCUGGCCUCAGUGGCACAAGGUGACUGUGGUUGCUCCUGCUUGGUCAUAAAUUGUAGUGACACCCCCAUGGCAAAGGGAUUUCCCCAUGAAGCAGCAUGAUCCCCGGCUCUUCAAGGGGGACAUCCCUGGAGCACAGGCAGCAUGAGGGGACAGCAUGCAGCUUCUCAUGCAUUCAUAUACUCUUGCUGGAAACAAAAACAUAGGUAGCCCAGGACAGCAGGUUAUACCUGGAGAAAGCUCUUUUCCUUUGUCCUUCCCUGCUGGUGUUGCUGUGCUGGACCUCAGGCAGGAGAACCACACUUGCGGUGCCACCAGCAGCAGUGUGUUGAAGACAGGUGGUCUGGAUCACACCAGCAGCAUCACUGGAGGGCAGAAAGGGCUGGUGCUGUUUUUGAGAUGAGCUGUCUGUCCACAGGUCAUGACCAAGCUGGUGCACAGCUUUGCAGCUGCAGUGGGGAUGUUUCUUCUUGGGGUUCCCAGGCUGGGUGUUGCAGGGACAGAGUUCUGGGUUGGUGUUUGCUGGGGAUCAGGAGCAGCAGGAAUCCUUCCUCUGGCAUUCCUGCAGACCAUGAAGGGGCUGCCCCCAGCCAGGCUGCUCAGCUUUUGCUGCUGCACUGCUUUAUUGCUGGGGUGGGAGGAGAAAACAUGGUUGUGAUUUUUUUUCUUUUUUAUUAUUAUUUUUUCAUUAUUUUUAACAGACCUACACACUCCCUCUUGUAAAGGUUCUUGCAGGCACUCAGGGGAAGGAGAGUAAGAAAGGAGUCUAAGUUAAGAGUUGGUGAAAUGUCCACAGAGCUGAAGCAGAGCUUUCUGGCACUGUUGCUGUCCUGUCUGCUCCUGGCUUGGCCCUGGGCAGGGAGUGGGGGACAAGGAGCUUUUGACCUGCCUGAAACAACUAUAAACUUCUAUUUAAAAUGAAAAUGGAAGACUGGGGUAAAGUCUUGUUUUACUCCUAAAUGGGAUGUAUUUUGUCUUUGCUUUUCAAGUGGAUCCACUCCUGGAAUGUUGCUGGAGAUCUGUGUGCUUGCUGGCACUUGAUGAGUCCAUCUUCAGUGGAGCAGCCUGUGGCUGGGGCAGAGACUCAUGGUGUCUCCACCUGUGUCCCCUCACGUUGCUGUGUCUUUUGGCAGGUGUCCCCAUACUUUAAAUAACUGUGCAGCAUCUGGCCAGCAAUGGCUGAGCAAAAGCCCUUGGUUUUCUUUAUCUGCCUGAGGGUCAGGAAAACAUCUCUCCAGGUUGUCUUGUGGAAAUGAGGCUUCCAUGCAAAAGGAUGGGUGGAAAUUUUGACAUGGAUACAUGGGAGGGACUCCAGGAAUGUGGAAUACAGCACCAAAAAGGGUGGAGAGGUGCUUCCUUCCCCUGCAGCUGCAGCAUUGCUCCCUGGGACAGUGUCCCUGGGCUUGGGACCUGCGGAGGCGGUGGGAGGAGACUCACACACAGCUUUGUGUUUGUUGUUUGCCUGAGUCUGCACAUCUGUCCUGCUGGAGAUUUUGGGAUGUCAAGCAGCUAAUUCUCGUUUGAGUCCUCUCAGCCCGCUUGGGAUGUGCCCCUGUCACAUGGCAGCCACUUGCUUUGCCUCCCUCCUGCUCCCAGUGACAUCCCCAACGGGCUCAGCUCCUCUGCCCAUGCACAUGGCAGCACCCAGGGCUGCUCCAUGUCCGAAGCAGCACUUCCCACCUCCCCCCGUGUUGUAGGUUUAAUUAAAGUUUCUGUGUUUUGCACUGGUGACUGUGUUGGUCUCUCUCAGACUGGGUUUGCUCCUGCUUUGGGAGCAGAGCCAGUGAAUCCAACAGCCAGAGCCUUUGGCACAGGGAAGAGGCCCUGUGGAGGCACUUGCCAUGUCGGUGGUUGACCUCGUGCUUGCACUAAAAUUGGUUCUUUAUUUAACUGCAUGAUCAAGUACAUCUGGUCUGUCUUUGUGUCCUUCCAAGGUGUCUUUCUGUUGUAUUGUGUGGUUUAUUUAUUAACUUUUUUGCUGUGCCCACCCCCUAUCCCAUCUGACGUUUGGCAGGUAGGUGAUGUGCAAAGCCUGAUCCCAGGCCAGCAAACCUCUUGAAGAUCAGAGACUCUUACAACCAAAGGAUGUUUGAGCCUUGUUUCUAAGGCAGGGUGAGAACUGGAACCUUUUCCUUCAGAUGUUUUUCCUGUCCUGCUGUAGGAGCUGACUCAGGACUUCCAGCAUCAAUGUAGUUCAGCAGCUUUGUUGGACUUAUAAUAGACCUGGAUUAAAUUAAACCUAGACCUUCUCACAAGUGGUGGAAGGUAGCGUAGCUGUGCUUAGCAAAUGCUCCUUUUCUUGUCUCUGGGCUACAUCUUCUCCAUCAACACAGGCCAACUGUGAGAGCUAAAAGUGGCAGCAGGGUGGAGGGGUGGAUGGUGAGCAGAAAUGUCAUCUUGGAUCACAAAUGUUGUCUUUGAAGGCACUUGAAUUCGUCUUGAGCGUGUCCCUCGAUGAACAUGACGCGCAGUGAAGGGGAAGGAGAUGUAGCGUGGGUUUCUGGCCGUCUUCCCCCUCAGCCCACUGACCAAGCCAUUUUUUUUUAAAUUCAGUUUUCAGAGCUGGAUCUUUGGGGUUGCCAUACGUAGGUCAGUUAGUGUUGCUGUUUAACAGCUGUUGCCUUUGGACGGGGUGCGUUUCCUGAAUCGCCGCCAGCCUUGCCCUGUCUCUUCCUUCACAGCCCUCCUUUACAAGUGAUCUCUUAUGGCAGCCAGUGAUGAAGUAAGAGUUGAGAGAAGCAGCCUCAUGUGGAGAUAGAAGUAGCAGAAUAAAAAAUAGAAGUUCUUGAUGUCAUUGUUGCUGUAUUAACUUGUCCCUGGUGUGUGGCUCAGUUCCACUGUCCUGUGCUGGGAUCCUGUGAGUGGAUAAACAAAACAGCCCCCACAGCAGGACCUGCAGAAUCUGAGCAGGCACUUGCCAAGAUGAAGAUGCACUUUGUACCCCAAGGACCUGGUGCUGAACCACUCAAGAGCCCUGGACUUUGCACUGUGUCCCUGCGACUGCACUGGCUUCCUGAGAGAAGAAAGGAGGCAGAAAUGGGUUGGAGGAGGUGAAACUGGUUGUUAAUGAUAACUGCUAAAGUUACCUGAACUCUCCUGCUGCCAGUGUGCUGGUGGAAACCUUUUACAGUUGAGAAGCUCAAAGAAUCUUCUUGCUGCUUCAAAAAGGACUCCCUUGGCUCAGAGGUAGAAUUUAACAGGACUUUUGGAGGUCAUUUCAUGCUCUAAUAUCCAAGAGGAGAUAUCUUCAUCGUUUAACUUUGCUUCCCCUUCAGUGGAUGAGCACUCUUGCCAUUGACAUUGGAGAAAACUCCUUGAACAUCCUGGGGACACACAGGGUCUUGUAAAAUUGUGCCAAACUUCAAACUAGGACGAGCCAAAUUGAAAAAGGGUUGUCUCCACAUCAGAUUCAGCGAGGGCUGAACCGUGACGGGCAUCAUCAGCUUGGAGAUCGGCUUGUUGUGAGGAGUACAAGGCUGUAAGCAGGUUUUGGAGGUUAGAAAAGGCCUUUCAGGGGGUGGAGUGGUUGCUUCUGCUUGCUAUAAAAAGCCUGGGCUUGGGAAUGUCUACAUGGGCUGGCUCUGUGCAGGGCAUUAAAGCAGUUGUCGCUAAAAUUGGAACGAGUCCCUCCCCAUGUUCCCAGUUCCAACUGUAACAUGGAUAAUAAACAACAUCAAAAUCCCUUAUUAGAA